UUGAAAUCCUCAUCAAAAACAUAUGAAAGUGCUUCUGGGGCAUUGCUAGGGUUGCUGGAUCCCCUGAAUUCUCCAAAUGACCAAUGAAAUUGACGUUCCACUUACCUUCCACAUUGCCCCACUUACGAUAGGAAGCUCUCCGAAUGACCCAACCACCCAAAGGCUAGGGGCAAUGUUGGCCUGAAAGAUUGUCUCUCUAAGCUCCACUGUCUAAGGUUGGGUUGUUGGUUGAAGUCUCUCAUACCCCAUCGGUGAAUACCCGUCGGUGAGAGAACUAUCACUUGCAGCAAUCAUGGAGAACGUCUUGGCAAAAAUUGCUGAAAACACAAUCAAGUUCAACCUCGGCGACGAGGAGGAAUGGAGAAUACUCUUCGAGCCAUUCUAUGAAGAGCCUUCGAAGGAUGUCAGUGUCAUCAGAGAUGAGCGGUACGGACCCGCGGAGAGGAAUCGUCUCGAUGUGUUCUUUCCACUCAGCAAAGAAGCUGAAAAACCAGUCCUGCUCUUCGUGCACGGAGGAGGAUUCUUCUCCGGAGAUAAGAGAUGGAGUGAGAAGUGCUGGGCCAAUAUUGGCAACUUCUUCGCUCGCCAUGGAAUUGUGACGGUAGUGGCGAACCACCAGCUGGUGCCUCAUGUGCGGUACCCUGGAGGUGCUGAUGACAUGCAACUGGCACGGGAGUGGAUCUUCAACAACAUUGCCUCUGAAAAGUAUGGCAGAGGAUCUGUGGACAAAGUCAUAUUAUUUGGCCACUCUUCUGGUGGUGCUCACAUUGCCGCAAACCUGUACGCAGCGGGCGAUCCCAAGCGAGUGCCAAAACAGGCUAUUUUCCCACCCGUGGCUGGCGUGAUGUUCUUCAGCACGCCUUUCUGGUUUGAUAGAACGAGGCCUAUUCGUCAAAGGACGUUACGGCAAUACUAUGGCUCAGACACCGAGGAAGUAUGGGGUCCGUUAUCUCCGCUGAAGUUGUUUGAAGGUCUGCCAGAUGACUCGCCUUUGCUAGACUCUGACAAGAUCCCCGUUUACAUCGGAACUGUGAAGUGGGAGGUAAAUGAAGCUGUGAACGCCCAAAUCGCCUUUUUCAACGCAUAUCGGACUCGAAGUAAACCGUCUGGCGCUUUGCCAUUCUUCAAUGUACUCGACAAGCAUAACCAUCUUAGCAACAUACUAUCGAUAGGAACAGAGGACGACUCACAGAGCAAGUUGAUACUCGAAUUCAUCAGUGCUUGCGUAGCCAAGGUGGGGAGUGGGGGUAAGCCUUCACCAGGGAAAAUAUAAACAGGGGAAAGAGGCGGCCUGUGAUAUUACGAUUGUAGAGGAUUGGGGGGAAAAUAGUGCGGAGGGGACACAACUUUUGAAAGCACAUAUAUCUCAGUGGAUGGCUGGCCAAUGGAAAUGAAAACUUCUUGUGAACAGAAAGGAACUUCUCAGCCUCGUUUGUCGUUCCAUCACCCACACCCCAGUUCUCUCUCUUACUACUCCACCUUCUGUUGAGAGGGCACUCUCUCCUUUCUCCUUCUCCCCAAGGCGAACUUCAGGGGCUCGUGAGAGGCUC